AGCCUUCCCGCCUCUGCUGGCGCCCCGAAGCCGAGCUCGGGAAAUUGAGAGCUUCAAGAGUGGGCGGGAGAGGGUACUGAGCGGAAGCGGUGCCCCCCAUGCCCGGUGCCCGACGGCCCUCGCCCUACGCUCGCGCACAGACGCGGACACGCGCACGGACGGGCGCGCGCGCGCCCGGCUAACGUCAUUUGAGUGCUGAUGAUGAGCGCUAACUACGCCACGCGCCGUUUCCACUAGUCAUGCAGAGCUCGGCCCUCGAGACCACUCUGGGAAGAGGGUAGUAGUGGUAUGUGUAUCAGACCAGAAAACCGCCUCACAGAGGCGGAAAAUGGUCCGGGCUCGACGGAAUCCAGGCAGUCUGGUUCUACUAGACAAAGUGCCAAGCCUGCCUUACUUGAACACUAGUAACGCUGAGAUUUAGUUUCAUCUCCCUGGGGUUGCCUUUGCUAGUCUCUACACGCCAGGAUGCCUCCCACUCAAGCAGAAAGUGUUAUAAAGAAUAUCAUUCGAGAAAUAGGACAAGAAUGUGCAGCCCAGGGAGAGAUUGUUUCUGAAACUCUUGUUGCUUUUAUGGUGAAAGCUGUUGUCCUGGAUCCAAGUAAUGGCUUUAACGUGGAUAAAACCCUCAUUAAAAGUGAUGUGCAGAAACUUGUUAAGCGUUGUGUGACUCGGCUAUUGGAUAGUAAAAAUCCUUCCCUGGACACCAUUAAGAUGCAAGUCUACUUUGAUAUGAAUUAUACAAGUCGAGAGGAAUUUCUUGAAGAACAUCACCGAGUACUGGAGUCGCGAUUAGGCUCUGUUAGCAGAGAAAUCACAGAUAACAGAGCAUGUGCUAGAGAAGAAUUGGAGAGCCUAUACCGAAAGAUUGUCAGCUACGUGCUACUGCGCACUGGGCUUGGGUCCCCUACAGAUGUCAGGAUCGUCAGAGAGGCAACAGCUGCUCUACAGAGUGUUUUUCCUCAGGCAGAGCUUGGGACAUUUCUAACUCUUUCUAAGAAGGACAAGGAACGCCAGCUGAAAGAACUCAGCAUGAUUGUCACCGGAAUUCGCUUAUUUAACCGAGACUGUGGAAAGGGAGGAGAAGGCAUUGAUGACUUGCCAGCUAUUCUACAAGAAGCAAUCCCAGCCACCACUCAGCGUAUUGAUUCCCAAAUUCAGAUUGCCCAGGACCAGGCAUACCGCUACACAGCCAUUCUUGAGAAAAUAACGAAGAACCCACUCAUGAGCACAGAAUUUCAGCCAUAUAUGUUAAAAGAAGCACUUUAUAAUGUGCGACAAUAUGAAAUCUUCCUUCAGAUCAUUCUGUCGGAUAUAAUUACCUGUGCUCAAGAAGUAGAAAUGAUGAUAAAGCAGUUAGGAGCUCAACUAGAACAAUUAAAAAUGACUGUAAAGUCAAAGGCAGCCAUCCCAACAUCACAAGUCUUUCCCACCUUCAUUGCACUUUCCAAUCUGUGGACGAGCUUUCAGGAUGAAACUGUUUUGAUUAGUGUCCUCAGUAGUUUAACUGCUCACCUUGAGCCAUUUCUGGGCAGUCAUGAACUACUCUUCCCUGAGAAAAUAAUGCAGAAUCUUCUUGAUGGAGUGACUGUGAAAACUGAUGUGUGUAGAAUCAGAGAACACAUGGAAGAUAGAGUACAUCCUGAGGAUUUCAGAAAAGUAGAAUGGCUUUUCCCAGAAACAACAGCAAAUUUUGAAAAAUUGCUAAUUCAGUAUCGGGGCUUUUGUGCUUACACAUUUGCCACAACAGAUGGUCUUCUCCUUCCAGGAAACCCAGCAAUUGGAAUUUUGAAAUUUAAAGAAAAGUAUUAUACUUUCAAUACCAGAGAUGCUGCAUAUUCAUUUGCAGAAAAUCCAGAUAAUUACAUUGAUUUAAUUAGAGAAAAGGCCAAAAAAAAUGCAGAAUUAAUUCAGCUACUGGAACUCCAUCAACAGUUUGAGACCCUCAUUCCAUAUUCUCAGAUGAAAGAUGUUGACAAACAGUAUAUAAAACCAAUUACUAAGUGUGAAAGUAGCACACAGACAGAUACACACAUACUGCCACCAACAAUUGUGAGAUCAUAUGAGUGGAAUGAAUGGGAGUUAAGAAGAAAAGCUAUAAAACUGGCCAAUUUGCGUCAGAAAAUUACUCACUCAGUACAAACUGAUCUUAGUCACAUGAGAAGAGAAAACUGUUCACAGGUGUACCCCCCAAAGGACGCCAGCACGCAGUCCAUGAAAGAAGGCAGCACCCGGGUGCCGAGGCCUCAAAUUUACAUGGCUGGUCUCCGAGAGCGACAGAGCGAACUCACCUACGGGGUCAAGAUGGAUUUAACUAGAGUUGUUGAUGAAACCUAGUUAGAGACCGUAUUUUUAAAGCAGAUACCAUCAAAUUGUGAACAAUGGCAAAUAUUUAAAAGUAUCUUUGCAUCCAUGAAAAUGAGUUAAUUUUGUGUGACUGGCACAUCCACUGGUUGUGUGAGUGUUCUUUUGAGUCUCAUAUUCACUGUUAAACUGCUAUAAAAAACCAAAAAUUGUUCUCUGUAACACAUUUUUCAUUUAAUUAAAGUUGAAGAGUAAACUGUG